UCCCCUCAGCCGGGCUGCGCGCGGCGGAGCAGCGGUAACACCAUGGAGGCCGCUCCACAGCCCCGGUCCCGGCCCGGCGGGGCCGCCGCCGCCCCCCUGCUGCCGCCGCCCCCGGAACAGGAGCGGAAGCUGGAGCAGGAGAAGCUGUCAGGGGUGGUGAAGAGCGUCCACCGCCGGCUGCGCAAGAAGUACCGGGAAGUGGGAGACUUUGAUAAGAUCUGGCGUGAGCACUGCGAGGAUGAGGAAACUCUGUGUGAAUAUGCUGUGGCAAUGAAAAAUCUUGCAGAUAAUCACUGGGCAAAAGCUUGUGAAGGGGAAGGCCGAAUUGAAUGGUGUUGCAGUGUAUGCCGAGAAUAUUUUCAAAAUGGUGGGAAAAGAAAAGCUCUUGAGAAAGAUGAAAAAAGGGCACUUCUUUCCUCCAAGGCCACUCCAGCUUUAACUGUUCCCCAGGCUCCUAAGACUGAAGAUCCCUCACCAAACUUUGGCUUGACAAAUCAUGAAACUAUAACAGAAGAAUUGCGCCACUCCUUGGGGAAGAUCAGAUUACUUGAUGUCGGUAGCUGCUUUAAUCCAUUUCUGAAGUUUGAAGAAUUUCUGACAGUUGGGAUAGAUAUUGUUCCAGCUGUUGAGAGUGUAUACAAAUGUGACUUCUUAAAUCUUCAAAUUCAGCAACCUCUCCAACUGGCACAAGAUGCUAUAGAUGCCUUUCUUAAGCAACUGAAAAAUCCCAUUGAUUCUCUACCUGGAGAACUGUUCCAUGUCGUCGUUUUCUCACUCCUCCUUUCUUACUUCCCAUCACCCUAUCAACGAUGGAUAUGCUGCAAGAAAGCACAUGAACUUCUCGUAUUAAAUGGUUUAUUGCUUGUAAUAACUCCAGAUUCAUCUCAUCAAAAUCGCCGGGCUAUGAUGAUGAAAAGCUGGAAAAUUGCCAUAGAGUCCUUAGGCUUUAAACGCUUCAAGUAUUCCAAGUUUUCUCACAUGCACCUGAUGGCAUUUAGGAAAACUUCCUUGCAGACAACGAGUGACUUAGUUAGCAGGAACUACCCAGGAAUGCUGUAUAUCCCACAGGAUUUCAACAGUAUAGAGGAUGAGGAGUAUUCCAACACUUCCUGCUAUGUUCGAUCAGAUACAGAAGAUGAACAGCUAGCUUACGGUUUUAUGGAGCUACCUGAUGCUCCUUACGACUCAGACUCUGGAGAAAGCCAGUCUAGUUCAAUUCCUUUCUAUGAGCUAGAAGAUCCUAUAUUGCUUCUAAGUUAAUAUAGUCUUUGGAAUGCCCUUUCAGUCAAACCUUGCUUAACUAAUUUUGCUAUACUAACAUGGGCGCAACACACAACAAAUGGUUUGCAUAAAGAAAAUGCAAAGGUUUACAGAGUUUGCUAUUUUUUUCUACUUUUGAAUUUUAAAAUUUAUUCUUGUAUGAAAGUGAAAAAAUACAAGUUUUAUGCAAAUGACUCAUGUCAUAGCAUAAAUUGCUGUUACUUUCAUUAGAUUUGUAUCACUAAUUUUUUUCAAGAAAGGUACCAUUCUUUUCUUUAGUGCUGUGAAGUGUGAAUUCUAUUUAAUUUGCUAAAUGUUGUUUCAAUAUUUUAACUCGAUGUGGUUGAGCUUAAGGCACUGGAGUUGGUGAGCUUCUGAGAAGUAUGUGUAGGAAGAAACAAUUUGCACUUUAAUUAAAUGUGCAGAUACAUUAAGACACUUGGUUACACAUGUCCCCUCUUAGUUAUAGAACAAAACUUUUCCAAGAUUUGUUUUGCUCUGGUUAAGCCUGGGCUGGAGCAACAAUGAUGCUUGCACAUUUGAUUUUAUGUUUAUUGUAGCCCUUUUCAGAUAACACCAAGUUGCAAUAACACCAAAACACUGAAUAUAUUCAUCCAUAGUUGUAUGUACUGUGUCAUUUCUUUGCAUAGAUAGUAGUCUGAUAUGAGAUUUCCGAAGAGGUUAUCCCUCUCCCAGAUGACUAUGGUACUUCUAGACAACUAUGUUUCGCUUCAAAGCUGGAACAUGGUUUUGCAAUUUUACGAGUGUACAAGCACUAACGUAUAUCAGUAUUUCCCCAAUGAUGGUGUUCUGUAUCCUCUUCAAACUGUGUUUAACAGGGUGGAGUUUGUCAUGUUUUAAAGUAAGUUAUUUAUAUAUUUUAAAAACAAACAACUUUUUCUUUAAUUGUCCUUAUUUGUAGACCUCCCAAGUUAUAUGGUAACUACAGACUGAUCUUGUAAAAAUGAGCCUAAUUCUACAAGUUUUUCCAGGAUACACAUAUUUGCACACAGUCCACACAAGUGAAGUUAGCGUAUACCAUUUGUUUAUUUGGACCCAAAACUCUUCUGUUUAGUUCAAUACAAACACCAUAUCUGUCUGAAAACUGGUCUACACCAUAAGGAGAUGAAAAAGAGGUGGUUUACAUCUGUGAAGUUUUUUAACUUGUGUAAUAUAUUUGAGGUUUUGCAAGAAAAAAAAAUGUACUUAGUGGUAAAAAUAGAGGAUUUGGGUAUGUUUACCUUGGAUUUCCCUCAAUUUAAAAAUAAUGGCCAGAAUUUUCACAUCUGAAUGUUAGGCUGUUAAAUCUAUAUGUAAGUGCCUAAUAAUAAAUGAUUUGAACUAGAUGCCACAUCAAUGUUUUAAGACUGACUUCAGCAAAAGGGUAGAAAAUACUAAUACAUAGCUUCACAGGUGGUUGUGAUGAAAUAUACCUUACACCACACUAACCUACCAUGUUGUAUUUAUAAUACAUAAGUUACCAGAUAAACUGAAGCUGUAGUGUGGAUUUCACAGUGGUUGCUACAAAAAUUAAACUCGUUCCUUCCAUUGAAGUUAUGCACUGAAAGUGUUGGGGUUUGACCUACCUGUUUUCAUUUGAUGUUGUUUUCCUACGUAGAGUCAUUACACAUUGGUCCAGCUUACACUCAAACAUGAUCAGGACUGCAAUGCUUUACUCUUUAACGUACACUUUUUGUGUCUCCUUAAAUUUAAAGCAUCCCCUAAUACAAAUUUCUUAUUCAAUCUGAAUGAUAUAGUUAUUUACAAACCAAAAUAUUAUAUCCUGAUGUGUAAAAAAAACAGCCCAAGAAAUUAUGUUUAGACAUACAAAUAUCAUGGUUGAUGGUUGACUUUUUUUUACAGAUAAUACUUCUCUAAGGAAACACACAAUGGCUUCAAAGUUGGCUAUAAAUCAGUAUUUGCAUCUCAUGCUUUACCACUUUAACUAAAAACGUUUGUCAGUCAAAGCCUUUCUUCUUCCCAGUUAAUCACUGACUCCGGCAGUGCUCCUGUUACAGCUAAUAUAUUGGUGCUAUAAAUUCAGCUGUUUAUGGCAUUUAAUCAGUGCAUACUUCAAGGUAUACCUAACAUUUUAACUGAUACUCCUUUCAGAAAAAAAAAAACAAACCAUACCAGCUAACAUACAUGUUGUCAUUGGCUAAUGUAAACUGGUUUUUAAUUCAUACAAAAAAGCAAUUCAGACCAAAACUUAUCUCCCUCCCCUCCCUGCCAAUAGUUUAAAAUAUUAACAUUUACAAUUUAAGCUUUUUUGCAGGUUGGUAACACCACUGUAUUUGUGGUUUAGGGACCCAUUAUUUGUAACAGCUUGGUUUUCUUGCUGCUUUUUUGGUUGUUUUGUUGUUUUGUUUCUUUUUUUUUUACAAGGGACAGUAGAUUGUGGUGGAAAGGAAAGUGAAAUGUACAUUCUUACAGCUCCCUGAACAGUAAAGGAGUUGUUGGAUAUUUUGCUUUUGUGCAAGAAAAAUGUUUCUAGGUUAUGAAAUAUUUGAAAAUUAUGACUGUGCAAGAGACUUCUUGUUCUUAAGGUGCUGGAGAGGAAAAGGAAAAAAAAAAAAAGUGUAUUUGAUUUCUGUUGUCUUUAUGUCACUACUUUUUUUGUGAACAAAGCACAUUUAUUAAAAAAAAA